ACAGGUGCAAAGCUCUUAUUCUGAAAAUAUAGAAGAAACGCCAACCACGCCCCCAGAGCCUCUGGGAAAUUAAUUGUGGGAUAUACAGCCGCCUAGUGUCGCAUUAGGACAAGGCAUAUGAGAAUAUGUAGCAGGAGUUCAUUUCUGCAGGUGUGCACACCUGCGAAGGAAAAGACAGUCACCUGCCGCAGCCGCGUGCACACACCCACUGACGUGACACGCCUUUACGCCUCUUACAAACAGCCAGCUGACGCUUCCCGGAGUGUCACCUUUAACGUUGGACAUCAUGUUUAAUUCAGAGCUCCAGAGCCGUCAGGUGUACUCGGUCUGCUUCCUCGCGUCGGUGCCAUAGUUCUCAACAUGCACAGGUUUGUCAAUAACCUGAGUGGAUGAAGGAAAAAGACUUGGAGCAGUCAAAACUAAACCAAACUUCAAAGGAGACAUUGAGGAAACAGGAUGUUGACUUGAUUGCUAAAGGAGGGAUGAUGAAAUUAAUAAGAUCUGUUUGACUACUUGACCAUAUUGGAAAAUAGCCUUUCCUUGAAAUAACAGAAGAUAAUCAAUAAUGCAGCAAGCAGACUGAUGGAGAUCCUGACAAGGACCUAGUGUACAUGAGAGUAGAAGAGAAUCGACAGAAAAGGGCGGAAAACGAGCAGAGGCCAAGCCUGGGACUAGAGGGCACAGGUCCAAGACGAUACCUUUGCUGAUGAUCAGGAAUCAGUGGGAAGAAGCUGCUGUCACAAUGUUUGUGAACUUUCGGCGCAUUCGCAAGUGUCGGUGUGUGCAGUUGCUGGCCACAGGCCUGCUAUUCUGUGUGAUGAUGGCCUCCUGGGAUGAGCUAGACCAUCAUGUGGUAAGCCACCUGAGAUCGUAUGCUUACCGCUACCUAGUCAACAGAUAUGACUUUCCUAACUUGACCAUGGUAAUUUCCUCCAACCAUCAUCACUCGAAAGAUGGUUCUAGAAGUUCAGGUGGCAAUUUAGAGAACUACCCGUACCUCCUCAACCACCCAGGAAAGUGCACAGGUAAAAAUGGGAAAGACGGGGGCAAUGUCCUUCUGCUUCUAUUUGUGAAAUCUUCUCCAGUGAACAUGGAGCGGCGCCAGGACAUCCGAGACACGUGGGGCAAUGAGAGCUUUAUCUGGUCAAAGUUAGGCGUGAGUGUGAAGCUCUUGUUUGCUGUGGGCAUCCAACCAGAUGUUGAUCAAAGGUCAUGGGUGCAAGAUUCUCUGCAACGUGAAGACCAGGUCUACAAAGACCUGAUCCAGCAGAAUUUUUUGGACACUUUUCACAACCUUACGACUAAACUGAUCAUGCAGUUCCAUUGGAAACAACUGUACUGUCCUCAGGCCCGCUUUCUCAUGACAGCAGACGAUGACAUUUUUGUACAUAUACCUAAUUUGGUAAAAUACUUGCAGCAACUUUUGAGAAGCCAGUCAGGGGCCAAAGACCUGUGGAUGGGCCAUGUGCACAAGGGAGCCCCUCCAGUUCGCCGUAAAACCAGUAAAUACCAUGUUCCCCAUGAUCUUUACCCCUGGCCUUCGUACCCAGACUACACUGCUGGAGCUGCGUAUGUUGUCUCGGGGGACGUGGCAGCAAAGAUCUACCAGGCCACUCUGGUACUGAACUCUUCCAUGUACAUUGACGAUGUCUUCAUGGGGAUGUGUGCCAAGACCAUGGGUGUCUCUCCCCAGGAGCAUGUGUACUUUUCGGGGGAGGGUAAGGCUCCAUACCACCCCUGCAUUUACGAACACAUGAUUACAUCACAUGGCCAUGCUACAGACGUGCGAUCACUGUGGAGAGAAGCAGUGUUCUCCACAUCAUCCAGAGGUUCCAGAGGGUUUUUGGGUCAUUUGUACUGUAUAGCAGUGAGAGUGAUGCUCCUGUGUCAGCCUUAUUACCAAAAUACGUACUCCUGUCUUGCAGCUUUUGCCUAAGUGAUCUCUGGCUGACUUGUAAGCAUUUAACAUUGCUCACCACUAAGAAACGGGCCUCUUUUAUCAGCUUUUCUGGCUGUGUUGUUUUUAUGGCCUUGUGUAAAAAAAAAGUUGAGUAAAUAAAUUGAAUGUGUGGUUUCAAGUCAUCAGCA